CUGGCCUAACGUCAAAGUCAAGCUUCAACUUCAAAGAAUUUCCACUUUCUGUGCAUCUCGAAUUUAUUAUAUUUAUUUAUCUCCAUUUACGUAAUGUAAUUACAAUAUGAGCUAAUAUAAAUAUACAAAUUAUUAGCUCUUAUUUGUAAAGGUCAUCGCUUUUAACCCUAGAAAUGAGAUGACGACGAUGACAUAACCUACACGGCUCCGGCUCAUCAAUUAAUACAACACGUGUGUUCUGUUCAUUCCAAAAAAAAAGAUUGCUCAUAUUUUUAAGACUCUUUUACCUAGGAAAUUGUAAAAAACUGUAAUCAUAAAAAUGGAGGGUGACACUAUUAAGGAAAACUUACUCAUCGGAAUGGGAAAUCCACUUUUAGAUAUAUCAGCUGUUGUAGACAAAGCAUUUUUAGAAAAGUACGAAUUGCUAGAAAACGAUGCGAUAUUGGCUGAUGAGAAACAUAAAAACUUAUUCAAGGAACUCACAGAACAAUACCAAGUAAGUUACAUUGCAGGUGGAAGUGUUCAAAACACCUUAAGAGUGGCCCAAUGGUUACUGGGAAAAUGUAAUGUAACGACAUUUUUUGGCUGUGUAGGAAAAGACAAAUACUCAGAAAUACUGUAUGAGAAUGCCUCAAAUGCUGGAGUGAAUGUCAGAUACCAGUAUAAUGAAACAACACCUACAGGUACAUGUGCAGUUUUAAUCACAGACCACAACAGAUCUCUAGUAACUACCCUAGACAGUGCCAACUGCUUCACAACUGACCACCUAAAAGAUCCUGUCAACAUGAAUUUUAUAGAAACAGCCCAGUUUUAUUACGUGUCUGGAUUUUUUUUGACUGUCAAUCCUGCUGCACAAAUGGAGAUGGCAAAAGUGGCUUUAGCUAAAAACCGUCCGUUUAUGAUGAAUUUAAGUGCCCCUUUUAUCUGUCAACUUUUCAGUCAAGCAUUCCAAGAUGCAAUGCCUUAUAUUGAUGUUCUCUUUGGGAAUGAAUCUGAAGCUGAAACAUUCGCAACCAGCCUCAAUUUAGGGACUAAAAAUUUAGAAGAAAUUGCCCUAAAAUUAUCUGCAUUGCCUAAACAAAACCAAGAUAGAAAAAGAAUCGUAAUAAUAACACAAGGUGUUGAUCCCAUAAUUGUUGCAAGUGAUGGAAAAAUUACUAAAUAUCCUGUAAAAAAGUUGCCAGAAGAAAAAAUUGUUGAUACCAAUGGAGCUGGAGAUGCUUUUGCAGGAGGAUUUUUAUCUCAAUACAUUUUAGGACGUACCUUAGAAGUUUGCAUCAACUGUGGAGUUUGGGCUGCUACAGAAAUUAUACAGAGAAAUGGAUGUACUUUUGAGGGACUACCUAAUUUCUCAUGUUAAGCAAUAGUUUAGAUUAUUGUUCACUCUAGAAUUGAUCUGUAUUUUCAUAAUAUUAUAUUAUCGACCCUCUAAAAUGCAAUACUUAGACAUAAAGGAUCUCUGUGAUUAAUAUUAUGACACCACUUUUAAUAGAAAUUUACAAAAAAAAAAAAAUAUAUUUUAUAAUUUUUUUUUUUUUUUCAAUAUGCAAAGAUAGAUUUAAAUCACAAUAAAUGUUUAUACAGUAUAAUAA